AUGGCAUCAUUGAUGGAGGACUCCAUAUCUGUGUCUGCCACAUAUUUAGUGGAUGCCUCUCUUAGAGGCAGCCCCAUCAAUGUUAGAAAGCUCCAUAAGAGAGCUUUCCUUGCCAGGGAUCUAUCCUUUUCAUCUUCUGAGGAGGAUAUGGGCCCAGUUUUACGUAAAGAGAAUAAAGAGAGGCGGCUGGUCUCUUUUGCCAGUUCCUCAUGUGACUAAAAAUUUUCUGCUCCUCCUUCCCCGCAUACUUGUUUGAGUAAGCGAAAAAUUAAAAGGACAGGAUCCCAAAAGAGGAAUAGUGUGUUUCCCUCGUUUGAGCACCAGAAACACCUUCCAGAGAAAAAGGAUAAAUCUCGUUGGAGGUUAGCUAAUCCUUCUCCUUCCUCUUCUAGAGCGUUUGCUCAUUUUUCCUCCCAAAGCCGUUCCAGUUCUAGACACAGCUUUCCAGAAAUUGACUGGGUAUCUGAGGAAGUGGUACGUUCAGCAGCUUCCACUGAGCGAGGGAAACUUAGCAACGUUCAGAAGAGUAGAGUGAGCCUCCUAGGAAAGACUCUCCCAUCAAAAUUAUUUCACUCCAGAUGGGUUAUGGAACAUGACUCUGAGGUUAGAGAUUUUUCCAAACUAGCCUUCAGAUCCCCCUUGGUUAAGGAGGAUGACCUUCUCCUCAGGAACCACAUUGGUAUCACGGACAUCCAGUCUUUAAUGGCUCCUGAUGUAGUUCCUGCUCUGUUAUCUAUCACAGGGAGCAGUGUAUCUACAGAUCCCACAGACCAGACUUUUCAUAAUAUACAGUUUAAAAUUGCUGAUACUAUGGGCCCACUAUUACUGAUGCUAGAGAAAGCAGAAAAAGAAGGCAACGCUCAGAAACCUUCUGCUUCAUCUCUGCUGGCGUCUAAGAUGACUUUAUUGAAAACAUCCAGCGGGUCAGUGCUAAUUAUUGGCCAAUCCUUUAAUUACAUCUCAAACAUUCGCAGAACCCGCUGGCUCCACGCAGCAGGAAUGUCUGACCUAGCUCAUAAAUCACAUGAGUUCACAAAUUUGGAGGAUUUUUACCUUUUCAGUCCCUCGUUCAUUCAGAGGUUAAAGGCCAUUAUAAGGCAAAGAGAUCAUUUUCAGAGCUCAAAAAGUCCUUUCCUGGCUACAAGAAGCCCUUUCGGACAGAGGGUCACACCUAUCGGGCUGCAGUAG